AUGUCUCUCCCUACCUACGAAUCUACUGUCAAGGGACCGAACAAGCUCACGUUUGUGGCUCCGUAUCUCGGCCGGUCCUCGUUGUUAGCUGCGUCUCUUGUCUGCAAAGAGUGGUACUCGAUCUUCGCUGCCCAGCUUUGGAGCGAUCCUAUCAAGCUGGCUGCUGACACACGCAAUCCGUUUGCCAAUACCUAUCUUUUCUUCACCAACUCGAGUGCCUUUCCCGUAUUUCCUCGUAAAUGUGUUCUCACUCUGGACUUUCGACCACUCAAAGCGUUGGAGAGGCGUUUCCCACAAGACCAUGCCAAUUUCAGCCAAGUCACGACUCCUAAAUACAUAUUCAGAUGCGUCCCAUUCUUCGAGAACGUCCGAUUCCUUAUCAUCGACAACACGGGAAGAUUCGACUACGAUACCCAGCAACCCGUUGAAACCAUAGAGUCCGAUGAAAACAACAAGCUCCUGCUGUUUUCGUCCGCCUGCAUCCCACAGUUGGACUACAAGCUUUUCGUCUCAACACCUAUUCUCUACAAUGUGAUGUACCUGGAUCUCUCGAACACCUCGAAUACGCAGGCAUGGAACUCGCUGCUUUCGUUCCACUCCCUUAAUAAUCUUCGGAUCCUCAAGCUGUGUGGGCUUCGGCUCACAGACCAAAGUUUCCCAUUUGACGCCCUCCACACCUCGUUACGUCUGUGGAGUCUAGAUCUCCGACUAAACUCAUUGACGGAUCAGACGAUUGACUUCCUGCUAGAGAAGUGUUUCGCUCCGAUGGCUCCUGUCCCAGCAAUUGCGCCUGAUUCCGACGAAAUCCUAUACGAGGACCCCCCAACAUAUGACUUACGGGAUGAAACAGAUCCCACUUAUCCCUCCUACAACCUCUCCGUCCCCGUCCGCCCCGACAAAACGGACUCUUUCAUCUCAUACAUGAAACGACACGCCGACUUCAGCAGCCCUUCAUCGCUCGUCCUCCCAGAGAGGGACCCGUUGAGAAAGAGCACGGGGCUGACACACCUCUACCUCUCAUCCAACCGCUUCACAUCAAAGGGGAUCCACAAACUCCUCUCCUCCACCAACCGCCUGCAAGUCCUUGAUGUAGGCACGGUCAAGUCAAAUCCAAACGUCGAUUACCAACUCCCGCACACCACUUCUUUUGCGCAGCCCAACACGGCCCCUCUCCUCGAUCGCCAAACAGGAGACCGCAUCGAGGACCUUCGCAUCCACCACUCGGUCGUCAGUUGCAUUCCGACUAUCGCCCAAGGUCGCCUCGAGAUGGGCUACACACCUCAGCAUCUACACAAAGCAGAGAAAUUCGGGGAUCUCGAAUUCCAAUCCGCUGCAUUCAGCCCUUUAUCCAACUACCGUCUCUCGUCUCUUACUUUGACCGACAUCCCGCUCAGGUCCACCGGUCCCACGAUUAGCCGUCUUAUCACAUUCCUCCGUCUCUGCGCCAAGCAAGAAGCCACCCUCCUCUCGGCGUCUACAUCCGGGCCCCGCAAAACCCGCCAUAGCCCGCGUCUCCUUCCCGGUCUGAGAAAACUACGAUUGGAAUUCAUACACGGGAGAUCAGGGAUGGAUGAAGUUGGGCCCAGUGUGUCGGGAGAUCAGGAUGCGGAUGAGUUCCAGGCGCAAAGCCAAGGCGACUUUUCGUUCUUCGCGGAUGAGAAGAUGCAAACGAGUCCGAUUAGUCGGCGGAGCAGCAUCUGGGGGACAGGGAGCGGGAAGAGUUCUUUGGCGGAGGUGGUGGAGACGAAGGAUGUUUGUGAAGAACUUAAGAUAUUUAGACAGAGGGAGCAGCCGAAGUGGGGUGGAAGUUUGGAGUUAGUUGUUCCUAGCAGACGCUAGGUAAUGAGGAUGCAGUUCCCAUGUUCUAGAGAUGGAGUGGCACUUUGCAGGUUGCUGUUCCUGCUAGACGCUGAUCAGGAAGA